GAACAACGUCUCUCUUCAAUUCGCCCGUUUGGUGAAUUCUUUGACUAUCAACGAAUUUCAAGGCCAAAAGAUUUCAAUGAAGCUACCUCAAGGAUUACUUACAACACUCGUCAUUUUAGUGGCAAUUAUGCAAUGAUCGUAGCAGCUUUGGCAGUUUACAGUCUUCUAACAAAUCCACUCUUACUCAUCGCGAUCGGUUUUCUCGUCGGUGGUUUUGCUGCUAUUCAGCGGUUCGGUCCUGAUCCCAAUGUGAUUGCUGAUGGUCAAACCAUCACUCAAAAAUCGCUUUACAUCACACUUUUUGUCAUCGGGAUCCCCAUGCUUUGGAUUGCUGCACCAAUUGCGACGGCUAUGUGGUUGGUUGGAUCAUCGGGUGUGACUGUACUAGGACAUGCCUCAUUUCUAGAACCUAGUGUGGAGUCUGAAUACACAUCUGUACAGCAGGUAUGA